AUGGGAAAAAAGAAAAAAGUGGGAAAAGAAAGAAUUGAUAAGUAUUAUAAAUUAGCAAAAACAGCAGGAUAUAGAGCAAGAUCAGCUUUUAAAUUGAUUCAAAUAGCGCAAAAAUAUAACAUUUUCAAAGAUGCAAAAAUAUUAAUAGAUUUAUGUGCUGCACCAGGGGGUUGGUUGCAAGUAGCUUAUAAAAACAUGAAUAAAAGUAGCACAAUAAUAGGAAUUGACUUAGUACCAAUUAGAAAAAUUGAUGAUAAUGUAAUAACGAUAAAAAGUGAUAUAACAACUGGUGAUUGUAUUAAAAAAAUAAAAAAUAUUAUACAAAAUGAAAAGGCAGAUGUAAUUUUAAAUGAUGGUGCACCUAAUGUAGGUACUACUUAUUCAUAUGAUAGUUACAAUCAGAAUAUUUUAGUUCUUAAUAGUAUUAAAAUAGCUCAUCUUUUUUUAAAAAAAAAUGGAAUAUUUAUUACGAAAGUUUUUAGAAAUGAAGAAUAUAUUUCAUUAAUAUGGGUACUGGAAAAAUUAUUUGCUGAAGUAAAGCAUAUAAAACCGAGAAGUAGUAGAGAAAUAUCGUCGGAAAUAUAUUUAAUUGCUAUUAAUUUUUUAAAUAAUAAAGUAGACAAAAAAUUAUUUGAUUAUACAUAUGUUUUUAGUGAUGAAUUCAAAAAGGAUUAUAAUAAAAUAAAUUCACUUCACAAAAAUGAGACUGAUUUUAGUGAUAAUAGUGAUGAAGAAGAAACAAACAAAAAAAUUAAAAAAAAAAAAGGAUUGUCUACUAUUUUGAAACAAAAGAAGAAAAAAAAUAGGCAAGGAUACGAUGUUGGAGAUGAUUACAGAGAUACAGAUAUAUGUAAUUUUAUUAACAGUGAUAAUUAUAUAGAUUUAUUGAUAAAAAAUAAUAAAUUUACAUUUGAUAAAAAUUAUGAAAAUUCUUCAGAUCCUCUAAUAAAAACUACAUAUAAUUGUAUAUACAAAAAUGAAGAAACAACAGAAGAAAUACUUCAUUUAUGUAACGACUUAAAAAUAUUAGGUAAAUCAGAUUUAUUUCAUUUAAUUAAAUGGAGAUAUAAAAUUAAAAAUGCUAUAAAUAGAAAUAUUAAUAAAAAAAGCAAUGAAGUAGAAAAAGAAAAAAAGGAAAAUGAACAGAAACAAGAGGAAGAAAAAGAAAAAGAUAGUGUGAAGUUAAAUGUAAGAAAUAUAUCAGAAGAUGAAUUGAGUAAUUCUUCCGAUGAUUAUUCUGAAAGAGAUGAAAUAAAUGAAUUUUCUAGUUAUAUUGAAAAAAAGGAACAAAAAAAAAAAAAAAAAAAGGAGAAAAAAUUAAAAAAAGAAUUAGAAAAAAAAAAAAAAUCUAACCAAACUCUUAAAAUUGAUUAUGAUGAAGAAGAAAUACAUUUCAAUAAAGACAUGUUAAAGUUAUUAAAUAAACAAAAAUUUGAAGACCAUUUAAAGAUUUUAAACAAUAAUGAUGAUGAAAAACUAGAAAUUUAUGAAGAUAAAUCUGAAAUUAGUGAAGAAAAUUAUUCUUCUGAUAAAAGUGAGGAAAACCGUUAUUUAAAAAAAUUAGGUAAUUCGAAGUUAGAUGAAUUAGAAUAUCUUGUUAACUUAGACUACGAAAAACAAAAAAUGAAGGAAAAGAAAUUACAGGAGGAAAAAAAAAUAGAUAAUAUGACUAGAAGAAAAAGAGCAAUGGAUUACAAAAAUGAAGAAUUAAUGAAAAUUCAAAAAAUAAUGGAAUUGAAAAAUGAAGAAUUGUUAAUGAAAAAAAAAUUACAUGAUUAUUUGAGUGAUGAAGAAUCAAGUGAUGAUAAUAGUUUAUCAGAAAAAGAUAAAUCAGAUGAUAAUAACUAUGAAAUUUAUAAAAAAGGAAAGUAUGAAAAAGAUAGUUAUGAAACUAGUGAACUAUUAAAAGAGAAUUUACAUAUAAAAAAUAUAGUUAAUAAAAUAAUGCGUUUAAGAAAAGAUGUUAAAAAAAAAGAAGAAGAGCAUUCAAAUAUGAGUCGUUUUUUUGAUCAGAAAAUAUUUACUAAUAUAUUUGAUCAAUUAGAUAAUGAAACAAAUAAUGAUAAUAAUGUGGAUGAAAAAAAAGGUGCUUUAAAAAAGGAGAAUACAAUAGACAAAAAAUAUGACAGUGAUAGUAUUAAUGAUGAUAACUUAAGUGAAGAUAUAAGUGAAAAUAUAAAAGAAAUGAAUGAAAGUCAAUUGCCUAAAAUUCCAUUACCAGAAAAGCUAGCUAAGAAGGAAAAAAAAAAAAAAUUAAAAGAAAAAUAUGGAAAUAACGAAGUAAAAAUGAAAAACUCUAGUUUUUCUAUUGUCAAAACCAAUGAAAAUUCACAAAAUAUAAAUAAUUAUUUUUCGAAUUUAGUUAAAGAUGAGGAUGAAUUAGCAUUUAUAAGAUGCAUAGGAGAAAAGUUAAUUCAUAAAAAAAGUAGAAUGGAUUUAAUAGACGAGUCAUUUAAUAGAAAUUCUUAUUUAGAAGAUGAAGAUACUUUACCUGAAUGGUUUUUAGAAGAAGAAAAAAAGUUUAGAAAACCUGUUAUUUCUAUUGAUAAAAAAAUAUUAGAUCAGUACAAAAGCAAAAUUAAUAAAAUAACCAGAAUGCCUAUUAAAAAGGUUAUUGAAGCAAAAAUGAGAAAUAAAAAAAGAGAAAUAGCUAAAAUGAAAAAACUAGAAACAAAAAUCGGAAAAAUAGAGAAAAAUGAAGAUGAUCCCUUCCUCCAACAAAAGGCCAUAACUAAUUUGUUAAGAAAAAACAAAUCAGAAAAAAAACGGGAAAAAUCUUACAUAGUUUGUACCGGAAAAGGAUCAAAAAUAGCCAAUAAAAAGAAAAAGAAAGGUGGAAAAAGCAUAGUUAAGUAUGUUGAUAAGAGAUUGAAAAAAGAUAAGAGAGCUAAGAAAAGAAUUGAAAAAAAAAGAAAAAAUAUAUCAAAACAUAAAUAUUCUAAAUCUAAACCAUUUAAAUUCAGAAGAAAAAACUAA